UAUGACUUGAUUGGCAUUUGAAAAAAUAAGAAGAAGGAGAACAAGACAAAAAGAACAAAGGAAAGAAAGAUCUCGAACAGAAAACUUGUAUCAACAACUGAGCUUCUCAUUCCAAACCAAUACUAUUGUGUUUCCAAAAUUGAUAGUCACCAAAUCUUGCAUUCCAAGCAAUACAAAAGAUCAAGCUGUGCAAAAAUGCCUCAGUUUAAGGGCAAAGAAGUCGGCCCCAUUGGCUACGGAUUGAUGGGUCUCACAUGGAGGGUAAAGCCUUGCCCAGAGGAGCAAGCAUUCGCAGCCAUGCGGGAAGCGCUCGAGAGGGGCUGCAACUUGUGGAACGGAGGCGAGUUCUACGGUACUCCAGAGUACAACAGCCCAGUGCUGCUCGAGCGCUACUUUGCCAAGUAUCCCGAGGAUGCCGAGAAGGUCGUCUUCAGCUUGAAGGCUGGCGUGGACGUCAAGACGCUGCACCCUGACGGCUCACCUGCAUCCGUGGGACGUUCGAUCGACACUUGCAAUAAAGUCAUCAACGGCCGCAAAAAGAUCGACACCUUUGAGUGUGCCCGCCGCGACCCCAAGGUCCCGCUCACCGAGACGUUUGGUGCGUUGGAAGAGCACGUCAAGAAGGGCGACAUUGGUGGCAUAUCGCUGAGCGAGGUGUCUGCCGCGACUAUACACGAGGCGGUCAAAAUCACAAAGAUAGACAGUGUCGAGGUCGAGCUCUCGCUUUGGAACCCAGAUGUGCUGCACAACGGUAUUGCUGCUGCCUGUGCGCAGUACAACAUUCCGAUACUGGCAUACUCCCCCAUUGGACGAGGGUUCUUGACGGGAGAAAUCAAAUCAUUCGACGACAUUCCAGAGGGUGACUUCCGUCGAUCAUUGCCUAGGUUCCAACCUGAAAACUUUGAACACAACCUCAAGCUGGUAGAUGCGAUCAAGGAGAUGGCCAGUAAGAAGGGCUGCACCCCAGCUCAACUGGCCAUCAACUGGGUCCGGUCUCUCAGCCAGCGAAAUGGGUUGCCAGUCAUCAUUCCAAUCCCAGGUGCCACCACUGUCGAGAGGGUAAAGGAGAACUCCACAAUCAUUGACUUGUCGGACGAGGAGAUGACCGAGAUACAAAACAUGAUAUCAAAGUACGAGAUCAAGGGCGGUAGGUACGCCGAUGGCCACCCUAUUAAUGGUUGAAACCGUCAAACCUGUAAAAUCCGGUAUUUAUUAUGACAGUUUGGAUGGACUGAAGUUAGGUAGCAAGUUAGCGAUUGAGCAGUGUCGUUUUUGGAAUUGAAUAACAUGGAGAACAGAGAGGGACGCUGGAUCAGUGGUAGAAUGUGAAAAAUUUCCACAGCAAGGCCGUGAAGCCAUUGAGUAUUGCAGAAUUCUUAAAGAGUCAUCAUAAGGGAGCG